AUGUCAGAUGCUGAAGCUAAGGAACACGAGCCUUCCACAAUCCGGAGAGAGGAAACAGAGACUGACACACCCAAGAUGAGCCGGCAGUCUCAAGUCUACACCUCAACCAGAGGCACACUUUUCCCAAAGAAGAGAACUCACACUAGAACACAUGCAUUGUCACUAGAAUGGGUAUUUGGGAUGAAUCCUGCUCUUCCUGUCUUCAGCCUGCAAGACCACGAUCAGCUGGUGGUCCUCUAUGCUGGAGCUCACGUUGGGAUCAUUUACAAUCACACCUCAAACUCCCAGCACAUACUUCAGGGUCACUGCCGCCCCAUCUCAUGUAUGUGUGUGAGUGAAGACAGACGCUGGGUUGCAACUGCAGACCAGGGGCCAAACGGCAAGGUGCUGAUGUGGGACUCCUACUCCGGUAUUCCUGUGCAUACAUUGUUCGAUCCCCACCCUGAUGGGGGUGUCAUUGCGAUGGCAUUUUCAAGAGACGCAAAACAUCUGGUAACCCUCGGGGCUGCUGAAGAAGUUCAAUGUUUAUGUAUUUGGGAUUGGACAAAUGAAACAGAAAAGCCUUUGUGGUCUACUGGUAUCCAUCCUAAACACGGUUUUCAAGAGUACGUAAUUUUUAAUCCAAAUGAUAGCACUCAGCUGCUCAGCAGCAGUGAAACCCAGGUGUUAUUUUACAGCAGGGCCCAGGGAAGUCUGCAAUACUUUGCCCUGACGUUUAAGAAGUCUUCUCCUGACCGUUCUCAAACUGUCAACAUGGCCGGCGGGUUUCUCCGCCGGUCUGUGUUUCACUGGAGAGAGCCUCAGGUCCUGACAGCCACUGCAGCUGGAAGCCUUGUGCUGUGGAAUGUGAUGGAAGACUUUGCUGCAAACCAGUGCCUACCUCGAGAGAGAAUCAAGCUCAUUCAGCUUCAGAAAGACCCAAUCACUGUUUUCACCGUAACUGACAGCUGUUUCGUAACUGGUGACACUCAAGGCCAUAUCAAGUUUUACGAUGAAAAAUUCAUGCUUCUCACUUGGUACACUGAAUUCAACCUGGAUGCUAUUGUUUCCAUUUCCUUUUCCAAAGAGUGUACAGAGGGAUAUCUGGAGGACUGCACUCUGGAGGCCAAACCAUUAAUUAUCAGGAACUUUGUUGUGUCCACAGUCAGUUCCAAAGUGGUACAUGUGAACACACAGAAAAGCAUCCUUAAGAUCCUGCUGCGUGAGGACUGUGACCCUCUACAUGCAGUAGCCUGCCACCCCAAACAGCCAGCUGUGGCCAUGGGCAAUCAUACGGGCAUUUUAAAAGUGUGGGACUAUAACACCAAAACGAUCAUCUGCAGAAGGGUCUUUGAGACAGAGAAGCAAAUUCAGUGUGUCACUUUUGACCCUCAAGGAUUAUACCUGGCAGUUGGCUUUGGCAGUGGCGCUGUUCACAUACUGAAUCCCAGCACUUUACAAAGUGAUCCCGAGGAAUGCUUUCAUUACACUGAAGACAGCAUCCAUCACAUCACUUUCUCCACAGACUCAAAAUAUCUUGCCACUGCGGAUGCUGGAAAAGCAGUGACAGUGUUCCACUUGCAGAGUAAUAAAGGCUAUUCACCUCGUUGGAUGUGUCUGGGCAGAUACCGCUCCCACUACAAGCCCAUCACAGACCUUCUUUUUGGGGUUCACCUGGACAGCACCCAACCUAGACUGCUCUCUCUGGGAAUGGACCGCCGUCUGGUGGAGUAUGACUUGGAAAAAUGUGACGUGAACCAGCUCCUCAUCUUAAGCUCAGAUGCAAUAGAGCAAAACGCUGUUCCAAUGUGCAUGACGUGGUAUCCUCCUCUGACGGCAGAGCAAUUUCUUCUCAUAGCCUCAGACCAGUACAAGAUGAAGCUUUUCAACAGCACGACCAAGAUGUGCAGAAAGACUCUCCUUGGCCCAACGUACGGCUCUCCCAUUAAGCAGAUAGCUGUUCUUCCCACGUGUAAAGAACCCGAGACGAACCCGUAUUACCUGGCAUACAUCACAGAGGACAAGGUGGGUCUCCAGAUUUUGCCUCUGGAUGGGAACCCCUACAAGUCCAAUGCUUUGAUCUGCCAUCCGACGGGGGUGUCUGCUUUUGCCUGCUCCUACGACAGCCGAUUUGUUUUUACUGCAGGAGGAUCUGACUGCACUGUCCUGUCAUGGGAGACUAGCUUAAAUGCCUUAGAGGCUGCAGCCUCCUUGGGAGGAAAGGACCUGGUACCUUUCUACACUCUUUUAGAGGGAGGGAGAGACGGCAAGUUCUUCAGGGAGAUUGAGGAUUUUUUCUAUUACUGCCAAGUCCGUCAUCAAGGCACUGACUCGAUGGAGAAACGUCAAGUGUCUACCAAAAUUCCCCUGUCAGAGGUUACCUCUCUAAUGAGAGCUUUGGCCUGUUUCCCUACUGAGCAAGAGAUAGAGGACAUGAAAAAUGAGGUCAAGUUCAGCAAGUAUGCCGAAACAGGAAAUUAUGUGACUGACAUCGACCUGGAGGAGUUUAUCAAGCUGUAUGUCAACCAUCGGCCAGCCUUCGGCAUCUCUAGCAAUGAACUUAUUCAAGCUUUUUACGCCCUUGGUAACCACGACAGCGCGGGACAGCCUAUUCUGCAGAGACAUAAGCUGCUAGAACUUCUACAGGCUCGAGGAGAACCUAUGACAGAGGAAGAGGUGGCAGAGUGUUUCAUUACACUUCUUGGUCUCAAUGAAGAGGAAGAAGAAGAAGGAGGAAGAGGAGGGGGUGGGUGUUCUGAGCAUGACAUUUAUAAAUCUGACGGUGGAGAUUCAGAAUAUUCUUUGGAGUCUGCGAUCCCAGAUGAGAUAUCGAUGGAGACAUUUACAGGUCACAUCCUGGGCUUCCCAUCCCCAGCAGAGCAGAGUAGCACGUCCUCCCUUCCAGAGUGAUGAAAGCAACAAAUUGUCUGCUAGUUUAGACGAAGUUGUGUUGAUGACGAGCCUUAGACUCUCUGCUGCUUUUUUUAAGGUUUCUUUCCAUAACAUGCCCAAACACAGAUGCCGGCAUUUUAAAUGUAUUUGAUUUUAAAAUAUGAUGAAUAAGUAUCAACAUUAUCAAGUUAGAUUCUCACUACAUACAAACUGUAUUUUGUAAGGAAAAAGUAUAGAUAAACAAAUUAAACUUAAAUAAAGAAAGAGUAUUUUGUAGUAUUGCUUA